AUGUCGGUUAACUCUCAGGAGUCUUGUCCCCUUCCCCUGGGAUCACAGAAGUAUGGCAGAUGCGCCUAUGGAGGCUCAGGGACCUUUCCCUGUCUCCUGAGGCAGAACCCCACGCCCUGUCCCCCGAGCCCCAGCACUGCCCGGAUGAGGUCUCCCAUGGUUCCCCACCGCAGCCAGGUGUGCAGGGGUCAGCCCGGAGCUCCCCCGCCAGGCUGGGCCACUGGGAUCUCUGGGGAGCUCAGCGCACGGCCCCACCCUGCAGCUGGCCACGGGGAGCGGCGCGGCCCUUCUCGCUUUCUGGUCCCCUGCCCUGCGCGGGGCUCUGUCACACUCUCCCCACGGCCCUCUUGCCAUGGGGCUACCCCCGCUUCUGGGUAUCGGCCUGUCCCUCCCCCUGGCCCCCCACCUCAGCAGACGAGGGCCCCAUCUCUCCUCAGCGGGCCCCCUCCUCUCCUGGCCGCCCGCAGGGCCAGCAGCGCCCGCAGGCCCUCUGCCGUCCCCCGCACCCCCUGCCCUGCCCAUCCCCCUUCCUCUCCUCUCCUCAGCAUUGCCGAAAUGGUCUCCCACACUGCUUGUCAGUGUCCUCUCAUCCCAAGACCCCCUACUGGUCGUUCUCUGACCGAUGGCCCCCUAGGCCCAGGCUGCAUCUUCUAUCCCCGACCUCCUGCCGGGGCACCACUUCCCACCAUCGCCCCUCCCUCAGGCCGUCCUGCACAUGGCCCCAGGGGCCAGGAGCCCCCACCACAGGGCACCCCUCAAAGACUCCGGUGUCAGACACCUGCUGUGCGCCGGGACCUGAUUGUGGUGGGAAGCGGCUACAGGUAA